AUGAGAUUGAAGUUGAUUUUGCCUGGUGUGGUUUCGGAGAAUCAGAGUGCUUUUGUCCCGGGUCGUCUUAUUACUGAUAAUGCUCUUAUAGCUCUGGAAAUGUUUCACACGAUGAAGAAUAGAAGCAAAGGGAAACGGGGUACGAUUGCUCUUCAACUUGAUAUGAGUAAGGCGUAUGAUAGAGUUGAAUGGGGCUUUUUGAGAAAGUUGUUGCUCACUAUGGGAUUUGAUGGUCGAUGGGUGAACUUGGUUAUGCAAUGUGUGUCUACAGUGAGAUACUCUUUUGUUAUUAAUGGAAGAGUAUGUGGUGACGUGGUUCCUUCUCGUGGAUUACAUCAAGGGGACCCUCUCUCCCCUUAUCUGUUUAUUCUGGUAGCAGACGCACUUUCUUUUAUGCUGCAGAAUAGGGUUCAAAGAGGGGAGCUUCAUGGAGCCAGAGCUAGUCGCAGGGGUCCUACUGUUUCUCAUCUUCUUUUUGCAUAUGACAGUCUCCUUUUUGCUAGAGCCAACCGACAAGAAUGCGAAACCAUUGUUGAUAUUCUCAACCAAUACGAAGUUGCAUCCGGGCAGAAAAUUAAUUAUGAAAAAUCGGAGGUUUCUUUUAGCAAAGGGGUUCGACAGGAGCAAAAAGAUGAAAUUAUGAGUGCUUUGAAAAUGCGACAGGUUGACAGACAUGGCAAGUAUCUUGGCAUUCCCACCGCUGCUGGGAGAUCGAAAAAAGCAAUUUUCGGGGCUCUUUUGGAUAGAAUUUGGAAGAAACUUCAAGGUUGGAAGGAGAAGCUUUUUUCCCGGGCCGGGAAGGAAACUCUUCUCAAAGCGGUCAUUCAAGCCAUCCCGACUUACUUGAUGGGGGUCUAUAAAUUCCCUUGCUCGGUUAUUGAUAAAAUAGCGAGCGCAAUGGCUAGAUUUUUUUGGGGUCAGCAAGGUGCUCAACGCAAGAUUCAUUGGCAGGCUUGGCGGUUAGUGCAUAAGGAGGACUCCCUCCUUAGCAAGGUUAUGAAGGCGAAAUACUAUCCAAAUUGCUCCUUCCUUGAUGCGGCUCUUGGCUAUGGGGGAAGUUACACUUGGCAAAGUAUUUGGAGUGCUAAAGCUUUGGUGAAAGAAGGGUUGAUUUGGAGAAUUGGGACGGGUUCGCAAGUUAAUAUUUGGAAUGAUGCUUGGCUUGCGGAUGAGCAUGGAAGUUUGGUGACAACGAGCGAAAAUGGAGGUCUCUCUCAGGUUAGUGAGCUUAUAAAUUUUGACAAUAUGGAAUGGAACACCGAAUUGAUUGCCAGUCACUUUAAUGAGAGAGAUCAAAAAUGUAUCUUGUCCAUUCCGUUGAGUUUGAGGGGUCCAAAGGAUGUUCUUACUUGGGCUUUUUUGAUGGACGGUUUGUACUCCACCAAAACUGCUUAUAUGCUUGGGAAGGGGUGUAAUUUUGAUGACUUUCAUCAAGUAUGGAGGGAAGAGGAAUCGAGUGCCCAUGCUUUUUUCUACUGUGUUCGAGUUCAAGAGUUGUGGAAGGACAGUGGCUGCUUGGAGCUGUUCGAUGUGAGUGUGAUGAAUGAUCCAUGUGAGUUUCUUGCUAGCUGGAAAAGAGGAAGCAUCAAGAAGCAGCAACGUGCGGCUUUCCUUGCUUGGUGUAUAUGGGGCGAGAGAAAUCAGAAAGUCUUCAGUGAUAAAACUACCCCCAACCCUGUUCUUUUAGCACGAGCAAUCAGGCUAAGUGAGGAGUAUGGUUUGUAUAGCAAGAAGGUGCAUGUGAGCUUUGCAAAGUCUAAAACUCGCAGCAAGAAUUCCUGGACAGCUCCCCCCGAUGGAUUCAUUAAGAUCAAUGCGGAUGCCUCUCUCUCGGAGGAUGGUUGGGUGGGGUUAGGCGUGGUGGCUCGGGACAGUGCUGGAAGUGUGGCUUUUGCUGCAACUCGGAGAUCAAAGGCGUGGUGGCCACCGGAGAUAGCAGAGGGCAAAGCCAUCUGUAUGGCUGUUCGUUUGGCCAAGAGUCACGGAUAUAAGGAUGUGAUAAUCGAGUCCGAUUGCCAAGUACUUAUUGAUCGUCUGUCGAAGGCUACGACUUUCUUUUCUGAUCUUGAUAAUGUGUUAGAAGAUGUUUUGUAUUUAAGUUCUUUCUUUAAUUCUUGCUUUUGGGCUCAUGUUAAAAUAGGUGGCAAUGUAGCUGCUCACCAUCUAGCUAAGCUUCGUCCUUUCGGUGUAGAACAAACUUGGGUGAAUCAUGUUCUUAUGGAAAUUUCACCCUAUGUAUUCUCGGACGCUUUGUCCAUUCGCUAA